CAUACAGUACAUAAGAUCAGUAGCAGAACUGCGGCCCCACUGAAUCCUCUACGCUAAUGAGCGAUCCCCCCGCUUUCUUUUCGCGUCGUUUUCCUUACAGACGCGUCUUUCCUAUACGGAGUACCAUACACUCAACAUUGGAAUUCCCCGGGUCAAGGCAGCCGCUCCAGCUUUCAAAGACCGGCGCUCACCCAAUUCCAGCCCAAGCCACAAACCUGCCUCACUCGCUAACGUGGAACUGUUGGAUUUGCGAGACUCCAAGUGUGCAUUUUGCAAGGACGAGACCUAUCCGCGGACCUGACCACACCCACAAACCGACCGCCGCCGCUCCACACGGUUGUCGUCGACCCCGCCAUGCCGCGACUUCUGCAGCGCACUCGCCGACCCGACGCGAGGGCGCCUGGGGCUCCCGAAGUCGAAGAUGGCCCCCUCGAGCUGCCGCCCUACGAGCCACCGUCGUAUCCGAUGGAUGCGUCCAUCAAGCAGAAGCUCGCAUCCUUGUCCAACAACCGCGAGACCGACAGCUCGAGGCGCCAGUACGAGAAGCACCUCUCCAAAUCGUCUACCUACCUGUUCGAGAGUGUCGGGAGCAUUAAUGACAUUCUCUAUGCCCGCAAACGCUCCCUCGCCCACAUGGCGGAGAAGCGACGAGCCCGUGGCGAAGAGGCCAAGAACGAUAACGAGGUGUCCCUGGAGGAGUAUGUGGCCGAGCUGGAGGCAACCAUCAACGAACUGACCGACUCUUCCGAGGAGGCUCUGCGCUGGGUGAUUGACUGCCGCGCCGAGCUGGAAGACCACCAGGCGGUGCUGGAGAAGGUGAUGGAGGGGCUGAAUGCCCAGCAACCGCGGCCGGAGCCCAAGCAGCGGAACACUAAGGAGAAGGCUUCGAGACGGCGGGUGGUAGGCAGCGACGAUGAAGAUGAAGAGGCGCAAGAGCCAGAGGACGAUGAAGACGGCGACGCCACCCCUGAGGAUGGCCCCCCCUUGGUCGGCGUGAAGGAGUUGCUAGAGGCUGCCCGCAAGGCCAAGGCGGAUGAGUACGCCGCCCUGAGUGCUCACCAGCGGUACGCACUCAAUAACGACUACAUAUCCUUCAAGAGGGCUUGGCAUGAUGCGCUGCACCCGGAGGACCAAGUUCCCCUCCCCGAUCCCUCCACCUGGUUCGACGAGCAUGGCAGGCCGACCAAAGGCACCGUUCCCGACGCCAAUGAGGAUGACGACCUUGUGGUCGAGCGCGAGAUCAUCGACCUCAAGUGCCCGCUGUCGCUCCAGAUAAUGAAGGAGCCCUACAGCAACCAUAAGUGCAAGCACACAUUUGAAAAGUCUGCCAUCCUGGAGUUCAUCCGAAGCAACGGCGGCGUGGCCAAGUGUCCCGUCUGCUCCAAGGACCUGCGUAUCAAAGACUUCUAUCUCGACGAAGUGAUCCUUCGGAAAGUAAAGCGGGCAGCAGAAGCCGCCAGGCGGGGCGUGGACGAUACGUCGGAUAUUGAGCCUGAGGACGAUGAUUCCAGCAUGAUUGUUGGAAAAUCUGUCAACGUCAAGAAGGAAAAAGACCGGUCGCGCCGACGCAUGGAGGAGAUUGACGCGGAUGACGACUGAUUUUUCAAGCGAACGUUCAAUCCAUCUGCUCGUCCUCGUCCGCCUAGCUAGGAAUCACCAGUUCCGUACACCUCCCCACGAACCUGCCCACCUGCAGCAAAUCACUGCAUUUGCCGCACCUUUUUUGUCCUUCCCCACGCCUGCCCCUUUCCGGUGAGGCCGGCAUUUUCAGGCAAGAAGGAGCACCGCCCGACGCGUCUCAUCCCCCGAUUCGCCCCUUGAUAUAUAUCCAGUUAUCCAUUACCCCCAACCACCCCUCGAGCAGAUGACCGUUGCUCCAAACACCAUGACGCCCUUUUUUUGUUUCAAUG